AUGACGACAAUUUCUGGGCCUGAUAACUUCAAACUACGCUUUGCAAAUGAGUUUGGCUCCAUGCCAAAUGUUAAUGAGUUUGCCCUGAACAAAGGCAGCAUGGCCAAGUCAAUAGAGCUCAAAGCAAUAAAAAGGAAGCAUGAAACGAGCUUGGUUGAAGUGGAUUCUGGACGUCAGACUGAGUAUGAGUACAAGUUGGCUCAAGCACUCCAAGAAAUGAGAGAGCAGCUCAAUGAAAAAGUGAAAUUGUACAAAGAAGAACUGGAACAAAGUUAUAAUGACAAACUUGAGAAUGCUAGGUUGUCUUCAGAGAUGAUUGCAUCCACUGUAAACAGUGCAAGAGAAGAACUGAUGGAAAGUCAUAUGAGGAAUGAGAACCUUUCCUCUCAACUUUCUAACUUACAGAAAGAGUUCAGAGCGUGUUUGGAUAGGAUGCACGAGCUAGAGGAUUUGCUUGAGAAAGAAAGAGAAAACUCUCGACAACUGCUGUCUGAUAAAGAAAAAGAAGUGGCAGAAAUAAGGGCUCAAAUGCAUAAAUAUUUACAUGAUUAUGAAGCACUUUUUGAUGUAAAGUUAGCCCUAGAUCUGGAAAUUAGCACAUAUAGGAAAUUGCUGGCAGUUGAGGAAGAAAGGCUGAAGCUUUAUUCAACCCCUUGUUCUCAUGUAACAGUGUCAAGAGUAUCCUCCAGCCAAAGUAUACGUACAAGUAAAGGAAAGAGGAGGAGGGUUGAUGUGGAAGAAUCAGAGGCAAAUAGUAGCAUCAGCAUCUCUCAUUCAGCCUCAGCCACUGGAAAUGUUUCCAUUGAAAAGAUAGAUGUUGAUGGAAAAUUUAUCCGCCUAAAGAACACUUCUGGACAGGAUCAACCAAUGGGAGGCUGGGAGAUGAUCAGAAAAAUAAGAGAUACAUCAGUCAGUUAUAAAUAUCUCUCAAGAUAUGUAUUAAAGGCAGGCCAGAGUGUUACAAUUUGGGCUGCAGAUGCUGGAGUCACUGCCUCUCCUCCCACUGACCUCAUCUGGAAGAACCAGAAUUCCUGGGGCACUGGUGAAAAUAUAAAGGUCAUAUUAAAAAACUCUCAGGGAGAGGAGGUUGCUCAAAGAAGUACAACCUUCAAAACAACAUUACAUGAAGAGGAGGAGGAAGAAGAGGAGGAGAAAGCUAUUGAAGCAAUUGAGGAAGAGAAUGUCUUUCAUCAGCAGGGAGAUCCAAGGGCAUCCAAGAGAAGCUGUACAAUUAUGUAAACUAUUCAAAUCAGUUAUUUCUCAAAUUAAUUGCUGUAAUCCUUAUCUACAUAUGCUUUAGAACCUUCUCAGAAGCACAAAGUAUUUUUAUAUUUCCUUUAUUUGAAUGUAUAAGCUAGAAGCCUAAUGGCCUUAAUUUCCUUUUAUCACUGAAAAACACAUUUUAUAAAAAAAAAAUCAUAUCCAUAACUUUUCUGUAGUCCCUGCAAGAUUUUCUGCCAUUAUUGUGUUACUGGGUUUUUCUUUUCUUUUCUUUUUUUAUUUUUGAAAGUCUUUAUGAGAAGGAGAAAUAAACCACUGUAUGUCUGGGUGUAUUUGGAGAUUGCUCCAUCUAGACCAAUCAUUGUGCUAUUGAUAAUUCUCUAUUCUGUAUAAUGUAAUGGUGCUGUGAGGGAGGGGAAAACAUUUUAAAUAUUUUGGACAUUUUUGUACUGAGGAAUUUUUUUUGUAAUAAUCAAGGUUAUAGAUUUUUUAAUAGAAAAAAAUGAAACUUUGUAAGAAAGUAAUAUUGUCUAAUUAUGUGAGUACUUUCAAUAAAGGAUACAACAAAACUUGUUUUAUUUGGUAUGUUUUAUAUUCUUAGGUUCUUACGCAAAAAGAUUGGGUUUGGGAUGGGACAAACGGAAGGAAAGUAGUUUCCAUAUUAAAAUACGUUAGUUGUAUUCUUUAAAUUUAAGGAAUUUAAAGAAAAUUUUUCUUAUAUUAACAAAUUAAAAAUUUUGCUUUAAAAUUAAAUAUGUUCAAAACAACUCUGAGGUAUCACCUUACACCUAGCAGAUUGGCUAACAUGACAGCAAAGGAAAGUAAUGAAUGCUGGAGGGGCUGUGGCAAAGUCGGGACAUUAAUGCAUUGCUGGUGGAGUUGUGAAUUGAUCCAACCAUUCUGGAGGGCAAUUUGGAAAUAUGCCCAACGGGCAAUAAAAGACUGUCUGUCCUUUGAUCCAGCCAUAUCACUGCUGGGUUUGUACCCCCAAAGAGAUAAUAAGGAAAAAGACUUGUACAAGUAUAUUCAUAGCUGCGCUCUUUGUGGUGGCCAAAAAUUGGAAAAUGAGGGGAUGCCCUUCAAUUGGGGAAUGGAUGAAAAAAUUGUGGUAUCUGUUGGUGAUGGAAUACUAUUGUGCUCAACGGAAUAAUGAAGUGGAGGAAUUCCAUGGAGACUGGAACAACCUCCAGGAAGUGAUGCAGAGCGAGAGGAGCAGAACCAGGAGAACACUGUACACAGAAACUGAUACACUGUGGUACAAUCGAAUGUAAUGGACUUCUCCAUUAGUGGCAAUGCAGUGAUCCGAACAACCUGGAGGAAUCUACGAGAAAGAACACUAUCCACAUUCAGAGGAAAAACUGUUGGAGUAGAAACACAGAAGAGAAAACAACUACUUCAAUGUUGAGGUCGAGGGGAUAUGGCUGGGGAUAUCGACUCUAAAUGAACAUCCAAUGCAAACACCAACCACAUGGAAAUAGAUUCUGAUCAAGGACACAAGUAAUACCCAAUGAAAUUGAGCGUCAUCUGCGGGAAGGGUUGGGGGAAGAGAGGGGAGGGAAAUAAUAUAAUUCUUGUAACCAAGGAAUAAUGUUCUAAAUUGACUAAAUAAAUUAACUUAAAUUUAAAAAUAAAUAAAUAAAUAAAAUGUG